UCCCGCCCACUCAGCUCUUAGUCCGAGUACAUGGCGACUGCGGCAAGGAGCAGGCUGGCACACACAGGGCAGGCGGAGAGCGAGCUCCCUCACAUCCUCAACAGAAUCAGAUCCCCUCUCCAUAUGAAGCUGCCGAGACCUGUUUUUUGAGUGUAAGAUGGAUGGCAGCUUUGAUUGUGAUUGUGGUGAGCUGGAGCCACCUGAUCAUUAACAGAAGGUUGCACCUUUAAAUCAAGUUCUGCCACGGUUUCCUCUUCAACUGCACUGUAUUCAAACAACAAAUUUAAAAUAAUUUAUAGUGCUUACCAGCACCAUAGAAUGACGCUGCUCAGGACCAGUUCAACACUGAAUGUAUCUGCACUGUGAGGAGGAUGUUAAUAAAAGCCUAUUUUGCGCAUAUUUAUUCACAUUUUUGUUAAAUGUUAAAUUUUUUUGCACACUAGAGUUAAGUGCAUAGUAUGUCAUUUCAUUCCGUUCAAGUUUCCUUGAGUGUUUUUGUUGAUGUCUGCUAGAAUGCUGCAUCCUGUGUGAACUAUGAAUACUUCAAUUUUCUUACCCUCCAAAUUGCUUUGCAUUGGGGUUGUUGUUUGUGGGAUACACCAGGCCUGGUUGGCUGAUGAUAUGCAAUGAAAAUAGGAAGAAUCAAUCCAAAAGAAGAAUUUAGUUUUUGUUUUGUUUGUCUAUUUUUAUUUUUAUUUUUUUAAUUUUAUUUUUCUCCCACUAUUUUUUUUGGAUUGUUUCUCUUUAUGAAAUCUUUUCUUGAAAUACCAGCAUUGGUUUUUUUCUCAAACGUUUAGUUAGAACUAAAAGUUUGAGAAGAAGGAAGUGAAGUCACCAAAAUGGCAGAAAAAUUUGAAAGCCUCAUGAACAUUCAUGGUUUCGACUUGGGCUCUCGCUAUAUGGACUUAAAACCCCUUGGCUAUGGUGGGAAUGGCUUAGUUUUUUCUGCUGUUGAUAAUGACUGUGAUAAGCGGGUGGCUGUCAAAAAAAUUGUUCUGACAGAUCCUCAGAGCGUCAAGCACGCUUUGCGUGAAAUUAAAAUUAUCCGGAGACUUGACCAUGAAAACAUCGUGAAGGUUUUUGAAAUUCUUGGUCCCAAUGGAUGUUGCCUAACUGAUGAUGUGGGCUCCCUAACUGAGCUGAACUGUGUUUACAUCGUUCAAGAGUACAUGGAGACUGAUCUGUCCAAGCUCCUAGAGCAAGGCCCAUUGCGAGAAGAACAUGCCAGGCUUUUCAUGUAUCAGCUGUUGCGUGGACUUAAAUAUAUCCACUCUGCCAAUGUGCUGCACAGAGAUCUGAAGCCAGCAAACCUUUUCAUUAACACCGAAGAUUUGGUGGUGAGGAUUGGAGAUUUUGGCCUAGCACGUAUUAUGGAUCCCCAUUAUUCCCAUAAGGGACAUCUUUCCGAAGGACUUGUUACAAAAUGGUACAGAUCUCCUCGUCUUUUACUUUCUCCCAAUAAUUACACUAAAGCAAUUGACAUGUGGGCUGCUGGAUGCAUAUUUGCUGAAAUGCUAACUGGGAAAACACUUUUUGCAGGUGCUCAUGAGCUUGAACAGAUGCAGCUGAUUCUCGAAUCAAUUCCAGUUGUACAUGAAGAAGACCGACAGGAGCUCCUCAAUGUAAUCCCAGUUUACAUCAAAAAAGAUAUGACCGAGCCACAUAAGCCUCUAACACAAUUACUUCCAGGCAUCAGUGCUGAAGCACUGGAUUUCCUUGAACAAAUUUUGACCUUCAGUCCUAUGGAUAGACUUACAGCAGAAGAAGCUUUGUCUCACCCAUACAUGAGCAUGUAUUCCUUCCCAACCGAUGAGCCUAUUUCCAGCCAUCCAUUUCACAUUGAAGACGAAGUGGAUGAUAUCUUGUUAAUGGAUGACAGUCACAGUCACAGCCACAUAUAUACCUGGGAAAGAUUCCAUGAAUGCCAGUUUUCAGACCACGAUUGGGCUAUACAUAAUAAUUUUGAAGCUGAAGAGGUUCAGCGCGACCCAAGGGCUCUCUCUGAUGGCAGUGAUGAAGAAGAGGUUCAAGUAGAUCCUCGCAAAUACCUAGAUGGCGACCGUGAAAAAUACCUGGAAGAUCCUGCAUUUGAUCCAUACUUUUCUCCUGAGCCUUGCUGGCAAUACCCAGACUAUCAUGAAAACAAAUAUUGUGAUCUGGAAUGUAGCCACACUUGUAAUUAUAAAUCAAGGGCAUCAUCUUAUCUAGAUAACUUAGUUUGGAGAGAGAGUGAAGUUAACCAUUAUUAUGAGCCAAAACUUAUUAUAGAUCUUUCUAACUGGAAGGAGCAAAGUAAGGAGAAGGCAGAUAAAAAGGGCAAAUCUAAAUGUGAAAGAAAUGGGUUAGUGAAAGCUCAGUUAGCACUUGUAGAUGCUUCACAGCAGAAGGUAGAGAAGGAAAGGGAAAGACAGCCCCAGUUUGAUUUUGAUUCCUUUAUAGCUGGUACAAUUGAGCUCAGCUUGCAACACGAUUCUCCUAGUGUUGACAAACUGAAUGAUUUGAAUAGCUCCAUGACACAACUUGAAUUAAAAACCAUGCUGUCUAAGUCUGUAAGUCGGGAAAAGCAGGAAAAAGGAAUGGCCAACCUAGCACAAUUAGGUGCCUUAACCCAAACUUCUUGGGACAGUCAACUUGUAAAUGGUGAAGACUGCUUUCUGAUAGACCAGUUUUGUUGUGAAGUUAGGAAAGAUGAUCAUGUUGAAAAGGAAAAGCCUUAUACAAGUUACCUUGAUGAUUUUUUCAGCAAGAAAAUGGAGGCAGAAGUGUUAGAAACUGAGCCAGUAGAUGAUCCAAAGCUGGGGGGUAAAGAAAAUGAAGAAGGCAUACUGAGCUUUAGUGGGGAUAUCCUUCUUAAUAAGCAGCUUGAUUGCAUAGGUAUUCCUCAGUUUCACAACCCUGUUGGCUCACCCCUUAAAUCAAUACAAGCUACAUUUGUACCUUCGGCCCUAAAAUCGUCCCCUCAAAUUCCUCACAAAACCUAUAGCAGCAUUCUGAAACAUCUAAACUAAACACUUUUUUUUAUUUAUUAUUUUUUUGUCUACCCUCCAUGUCUUUUUAUUUUUUCUUCUUUCUUUUUUUACUUGAAUUGUAAUUUUAGUAUGUAUUUAGUUUAGGUUUUUUUUUAUGAGAAAUACUUUCUACACAUUAAUUUUAAACUGGCAUGGCAUUUGCACACAAGAAAAA